AUGUUAAAAUUGGCCAAAGAAAUGAUUUUACAUCAUGAAGAAGUCAAAAAUUCCGUUGAUAAUCUAAAACCAAAUCUAACAAAAUAUCAUCAACUAUACGAACAAAGAUUUACAAUUUAUAAUGAACUUGUUUCACUUCGUAACGAACAGCUUUUAGUUCAACAGGUUGUCCGCUCACCAGUUCAACAUAAUUUUGAACUUGAAAAACAAGAAUUUGAAUUAAAACAAAAUAUAUCCGGAAAUGUAAAAAAUGAUUUGGGAGUUUUAAAUCUUGUACUUGAUCAAACUCCAAUGGAAAUGGAACAAUUAAAAUCUGACUAUAACGAAGAAGUUAAACCACGUAUCAUUGAAUUAGAAGAUGAUAUGCAACAGAUUAUUGAAGAAAUAAAUCAAAUUGCAACACGAAUUGAUGAUGAGUUUGAAUUGUUACAAAAAUUCGAAUUCAACUAUGGUAAAUAUGAAAUAACAAUCAUCAAGGUUAUCUAUUGA